UACCUCUUUCCCUUACAAUAGAUUCAUCUCUCAUCUUCUGUGUCAGCAUGCGUCAUACAUCCCUCUAUUGCAUGCAACGGUCAUCCUAUAGAUGAGGCUGUUAGAUAUUGGUUAGGUCUAAAUCAUGUCCGACCCUUCACAGUCCUUGAUCAAGCGUCCAAGCGACAGCAGCUUGAUGCCUCCUCCUCCUCCACCGAAGCGCAUUAAACGACCAGCCACCGUCCUUGACGAAGAUGUCUACACCAACGCUCUCUCCGAAAUCAUUGCGCGCGAUUACUUCCCUGGUCUUCUGGAAAACCAAGUCAAACAAGAAUAUCUGGAUGCAUUGGAUUCACAGGAUAAAGAAUGGAUUUCAAGUUCGAAAAAGAAACUCUCCGAUUUAUUGCAGACUCCAGCGAGAGCCCGUUCCUGCCCAGGUUCUGCUUAUAUGAAGUCACAAUCCACUGAAAACAGAAGACCAGACGAUACUCCGAUGGGCUGGGGGGGAGAUACACCUCUGUCGGUGACGUCUGCCCUCUCAUCCGGAACUCAGAUGACAGUGACCGGCACCCAGCCCCGGGGUCCUGAUGUGAGUCGGCUCGGAUUGCUGGAGUUUCAAGCCAAGUAUACCAGUGAAGACAAUGAAUCCUUCAACAAAAUACUGGACAAGCGAAACGCCAAGCAUCGUGAGAGAUAUGCCUGGCUCUGGAACGGGAAUAAAAUGCCAACCACACGACAAACUGCCCAUCAUCGGCGUGAGACAAAACGGAUUGAGGCCCAAGGUGGCAACCCGGACCAGAACAACCAGGUUUUGAUCAAGACCGACCUGGACGCUCGGCCCGCUCAGCCUAACACGUGGAAGAUAAAGCCAGAUAACUCACUCAUGUUCGCACCGUCGUCCGUCGAAGACACUCACGAGACAAUUCAGCAGAAAGCCGAAGCUGCCUCACGAGCAGCGCCCAAGUGUGUGGUCUACCAGAACACUCGUCUUCCAGACGAAGCUCUCCAACAACCUUUCGGGAAUGCGCCCCCGCCUUCCCCAUCAAUAUCGGCAAUCAAUGAUGCUAUUGCCGGACGCCCUCGCCCUACAGAUUCCGAGCCUGGAUACAUUGGCAGUGAAACGCCCCGAGUCAACGGAUAUGCAUUUGUGGAUGAGGAUGAGCCUGAGUAUGAUCCUGGCUCGACCGGGGGCAAUGGCUCUAUUAUAGACGAUUCCCACUUGCUCGGGACCAGUGAUGCAACUCCCAACCCAUUCCUGAUCAAAGAAAAUCGCAAACGAGAAGAUCUUCACCAUCGUAUGGUCGACCGCGUGGCACGGACGAGACGUGCGGAAAAGGUUGUCCGCGAGACCAAAUCUCCCGUCGUGAUGACUCCCAGGUUUGCCAGCAGUCCGCGACUUGACUUUGGGCAGCGGGCGACGGAUGCAGCUACUCCCAGGAUAAGAGCAAGCAAGAUGCUGACACCCGCAGCGCAGAAGCUGCUAAGCCAAGUCGGAAGCACACCCCGUUCGAGUGGUCUGUCUUCAACUUCGUCAUCUAAUCUAAGGAAUAUCUGGACGCCAACUCCUCGGAAAGGCAAAUGACUGCUUAUUUUGUUCUUGCCCGUGGAUUUUCUCUUUGUGAGCGUUUGUCAAUUGACUAGACACCAUGAUACACAGGGUGGCAUUGCGCGUUGAACUAUAGCGCUUCCCAUCAGUGUAAUUGAUAUUCUUAGUGUUCAAGGGCAUGUUUCUUGAUUUCACGUCACCAUUCAUGCUUUCUAUCCGCCAACAAGGGACUGUUGUUUCUCCUGCCCUUCUAUCCUUCAAUGCAUUCAGUCAUCAAAGAGCUCCCAGUCCAGGGUCUGAAGGCUGCAUCGGUGACUAGAGAUUCUGUUACAACCCACUCCAGGAA